AUGUCUGAAAAUCCAGAAUCUCAAACCCACUCUCAGCAAGCAGGCCUCACCAGCGGUGGCACGCACCCGGAACGCCCUCCGAAUCCUGCUACCCCUGCAAACCGUCCUCAGGAAUACGAUCCAAAUCCAACACCGCGCGUUGCAAGACUUGCAGCUGUUCAUCUCUGGGCAAUGGACCACGUCGAACUCGACAAGCUCUUUCCCAACAUGGCUCACGAAACCCGGGGUCAUUACAUCGGAGACGUCGACCCAAUCAAAUUUAUGCACAAGUUCUUACCAUGGAACAUUGACGACUCCAGUGCCUUCAAGAAAUUCAAGACCCAGAAGCCCUCUAAGAAGCAACUCACCGCUCUGAAAUCUAUGGCCACCAAGUCUGGGGAAAGUGACAUGAACCGUGCAUGUCACGCCGCCCUUCGUGGUUGGCCCAAGGCGUAUCGCGUACUAUCUCGUAAUAUCGACUUCGAAGACACCCACAACCAUCGAGACUCGUUCAGCGGCCUUGGCACGGACGAAGCGGUCUACAAUAGACAGAAACCGUGGAUCCCUCGCAAGACGAUGAUCAAAGUCGACUUUGCGAAUAUGCUCAGCUUCUUGGAACUCAAGCCAGAUCACCGCCGCGACGCAUUCAUUGACAGUGACCGCAAACCUUACCCAGGCCCUGGUCCUCAGGACGCUGACUGGGAGAAAGCUGGAGUGGUCUAUGACCACGAAAGGAGCGAUACUGCUCCAGAUGCUGCUGAUUAUUCGGCAGAACAAGCGGUAGAUGCUCCCGAUACGAAAGCCUUCGUCGCAGAGGACGAUCACGGAGAGCACCCCGCGAAUUCCCCAGAAGACAGAGUGGAGGUCAAGGUUGAUUCAGACCCCUCUCCUUCGGCUCGGUAUCCUUUCGAAAACGACACUGAAGGCGGAAGGAAGACCCGGGGGCAAAUUGCCAGCUACGCAGGCGUCAUCAUGGCUAUGCAGUUCCGAAGCCACUUGUUCAGCGUCCUUAUCUGUGGCAAGUACGCUCGUUUCAUCCGUUGGGACCGCUCCUGCGCCAUCGUCUCACGGCGCUUCGACUACACACUGUACCCCAACAUCCUCUUCAAUUUCUACCAUCGAUUCGCGCAGCUCACCGACACCCAACGUGGUUUGCUACCAUGCUUCAAGACAGCGAGCGAUACGGAAGCGUCGGCUGCGCUAGAAGCCCUCGCAGCAUAUGCUGGAACCGCCUAUGGGACCAUUGGAGGGGCAAAGUACAAGAAGCGCCUCAACAGGAAACGCAUCCCGCUGCUACACAUGGACUACAAAGGGGGUCCUUACGUGGUGCCAGCACCGACGUUCAAUGGAGGAAUGUUCUCUCCGUUUGGACGAGACUACUGGCGCGAGCAUUCUGAAUAUACGAAAACGGAGGCCGAGGUAUACGACCUCCUAUCGACGAACAGCAAGACAAAGGAAUGCCUCUACUUCGCCAAGAUGCAUGCGGGAGGUGAUGCUGAGGUGGACGGUUGUCCAGCGACUACUAUCGGUUUCGAUGAUACGGAUAUGCCGUGGAAGACAGGUAAACUCCUGAUCAGGAAACUCACGGCGCAUUUUAUCAUCCUCGAAACCAUUGGCCGAGACCUCAAGAUGUUCCGAUCAGCGCGCGAGCUGGUGUCGUCUAUGGCAGACGCGAUGGAAGCCCAUCAGCUCGCGUACGACGAGCUCCAUAUUCUCCACCGCGAUAUCAGCGCGGGUAACAUCCUCAUAUCCACGGACAAACCUGAUCGUGGUAUCCUGAUCGAUUGGGACCAUUGUAUUUUCAUGGACAAUUUGACGGAAGACAGAAAAACGAGGGUGCAUCGAACUGGAACGUGGCAAUUCAUGUCAGCGCAUCUGACAGCGAAUCCGGAAUCUGCGUGCCAUGGCCUCGUCGACGACCGUGAAUCUGCUCUGCACGUACUGCUGUACAUGGGUAUCCGGCAUCUCGCCCACAACAAGGCCAACGCCUUCGAAAUGCGAGACCUGCUGAACAUGUUCGACGACUACAUUGAAGUCGACGGAAACCCAUAUCGCAAAGGAACGAUGUCAAAACUCAAUUUCAUGGCAUUCGGUGUCAAAAAGCUCAUCUUCGGCAUCGAUGAAAUCAAUGAACUGAUCCAAGUGCUCUGUAACGAAUUCGCGGCUCGCUACGAAGACACCCCCGUAGUACCUCCCAAAAAGGGUCCCUUCAACGCAUAUUCUGUGGGCAUGGCGACCUUUCAGGCUUUGCAGCGUCAAAUAAGACUCGAUAAUAUCGCCAGGACCCCGACGUGGCUUUGCGACGUUUUACGUCAUUACGCUGCGCUGCUUCCCGUAUCACCUGGAGAAAUUGACUACAUCGACAACACGAAACUUCUCAAACCGAAUAGGAAACGACCGCUAGCGGACGAUCUAUGCGAUGAAGCUGAUGGCUCGAAAUUGAUCUCAACCCACGAUGGCAUAGCAGGUUCAAUCGAUGCCAACAUCCAAGCAGCCACCUCGGUCGAAACGCCACCUCGCAAGAAGCAGCGCUCUGGCAGGAAAUGA